AUGAAUUCUUCUGCUCGUCGACAGGAUGCGAAAGCAUACAACAUCCCGGGCAAGAGCGAUAAAAAGAUAUGGCCAUUGCUACCAGUAUGCUCUGAUCUCUGGACAGAAGACCAGUACAGAGAGCGGUUCAGGUUUGUGGCCGAGGAAUUGAAAAGGGCCGUCGAUGAAAGUGAUGAAUUAAGCAAGCGAGCGCGGUUCAUUGACUAUGAGUUGUGGAUGGUGGGAUCAACACAGAAAAAAGCCACACCUUCUAUCCUGAUCAAGUGUAAGGAGACUGACGUCGGUGGCCUCAAGUCGUUAUUCGACAGGACAGCAGCAAGCCGGCUAUCUUGCCGCAGAGAUACCAAAUGGCUGCAGCUCCUCAAGGAAUCUCCGCCUUCGAAGCCACCUUUCCGACUGUUUUUCGUUGCAUCUCAUGACAACCCGACAACAUUAGCUAUCGGAGCGGGCACUGCUUACAUCGCUGUAGAUGCUGCCCCUGCAACGAUGUGUGGAGCUUUGGUAACGAAUGGUGAGCUGAGGGCAACAAUUGGCCUGACGCUCGAGGUCAAUGGAGAGGAUCGUCUCUUGACGGUCGACCACAUAUUCAAUGACCCUUAUUCGCUGUGGGAUGAAUACGAGCGCGAACGUCAUUGGAACAUGCGAAUCGAAGCAGAAAGGGAAGCGGGUACAGACAGUUCAGACUACUCAACUCCCAUCACCUUAUGGGAAUACGAUGACGAUGAAUCUGAGAUCGAGAGUGUCGAUAGCUCGAACAACGACGAUUCAAGUACCGCUUCCGAAUAUCUAGGGUGGCCAUUGAAUUCGAGACCGCACUCAGGUGAUGCGGACAUCGGCGAUAUGUCUCAUAAUAGGCUCUUUUCAUAUGCCGACACAGUCCCGAUAUCACUGUCGGUUAGCGAUCCUACAUGGAACGAGCCCGCUUCUGUCCCACCCCUGGAUUGGAUAUGCCUCAAACCCGAGGUCGUUGACUUGGGCUUGAGGCGCUGCAAUUAUGUUGUGCCCCCUGGCGCGGCUCCUUCCGACGCAUUUAUGAUUCAAAUGGUGGCUAGCGAACCCCGACAGCUCGUGAUACCUGUCUACUUGGCUUCUGGCAUUCUGGGAACAAGGUCUGGAAGACUAAUCAGCCGGCCCAGCUACGUGGGAUCCUCACCGGGACAAGAUCUUUGUGAAGUCUGGACCAUGUUCUUUGAUGAUUCGAGAGGCGUUGUGCGCGGCGAGUCCGGCUCCAUCGUAGUUGAUCAAGAGACUCCUGCAGCCUGUGGUCAUGUCAUUGGAAGAGAUCUUUUUGGGCAUGCACGAAUUGUUCCGCUGGUAAAUACGAUCAAUCAGAUCAAGGAGAGAUUCGGGAGCAGAUUUGGGCCGCCUGCCGUAGUCAAGCUUCCAUUGCAGCCAACCGAAGGCAGACCGGCACCUCCAAGACCCGUGCUUCCCUGGGAAGAUUUGAAGGAAUUUGGCGUUCUUCGUUAUGACGACAGCGCUGGUGGGUACACCGCUCGGAUUGGCAUCCAAGCGAACGUGAGGGGAUUCUGGGAAGAAAAUGACAAAUGGUCGAUCUUCCUCAGUGGUGCCUUCUCAUGUGCCUGCAGCUUUACUCUUACGCCAUAUCUGCCCGGACAGUCGCUUGAGUUUGCCCGAGCGGAUACUGGGCAGACUCAAAACGUCCAAAACUUUGCGAUAUCGAUUUCGGCUUGCGUAGCGGGCAAAGAAGACGAACGAAUCGGCCUUGUCCAGAGAUUGAGAGGCCAAGAGAGCGGCCCCUUGGGUAAGGUGCAGCUUGACCCAGGACAAGGAUCCCGAGUUACCGCUGAAGGUCCCGGCUCCAUGAUGGAACACACCUUCGAAAGAGUACUCUUUACAAGGAACACGCCCUCUACCGCUGAUCAAUACUUCCAACUCGUCAUUGAGCUCUGGGCCAAUGUGGGCGAGGAGACGACACCAAGCUACGUCAAGGUCGCGGCUUAUAAGUCGGCAAAGCUCACAGUGCUAAAUACUCAGAACCCCUUCCAGAGUGGGAUCAACUUCACCCAGAAGAAGCAGCUGAUCAACACGUUACGCCUGAUUGAAAGCCAGGUCUUGUCCAGCAAGGGCGUACUGACAGACAGCAAUGUAGCUUAG